AAACGCAGUGAUAUUCCUCUGUCUCUUCAUUACUUGCGUCGUGUUAUACUUAUACGUCGUCGUUUUAGGGUAAGCGAAAAACAAGAUGACCACCAUGGAGAGCUUGAUUGGGCUCGUUAACAGAAUCCAGCGUGCUUGCACUGUUCUUGGUGACUAUGGAGGCGAUGACAACAACACCUUCUCUUCUCUCUGGGAAGCUCUUCCUUCUGUUGCUGUUGUCGGUGGCCAGAGUUCGGGGAAGUCUUCAGUUUUGGAGAGCAUUGUUGGUCGUGACUUUCUGCCUAGAGGAUCAGGGAUUGUGACAAGGCGGCCAUUGGUGUUGCAACUCCAUAAGUUGGAAGGUGGUUCACAAGAGUAUGCUGAGUUUCUUCACCUGCCAAGAAGAAAAUUCACUGAUUUUUCCUUGGUCCGCCAGGAAAUUCAGGAUGAAACUGAUAGAGUAACAGGGAAGACAAAGCAAAUAUCUCCCAUUCCAAUUCAUCUUAGCAUCUACUCACCAAAUGUUGUCAACCUAACCUUGAUCGAUUUGCCUGGUUUGACUAAAGUUGCUGUAGAGGGACAGCCUGAGAGUAUUGUUCAAGAAAUUGAAACUAUGGUUCGAUCUUAUGUUGAGAAGCCUAAUUCUAUCAUCCUAGCGAUAUCUCCAGCCAAUCAAGAUAUAGCAACAUCUGAUGCUAUUAAACUUGCUCGAGAAGUUGAUCCCACAGGAGAAAGGACAUUUGGGGUGUUGACAAAGCUGGAUUUGAUGGACAAAGGAACUAAUGCUUUGGAUGUCCUUGAAGGAAGAUCUUACCGUCUCCAACAUCCGUGGGUUGGUAUAGUAAAUCGGUCCCAAGCGGAUAUCAACAAAAAUGUUGAUAUGAUUAUUGCUAGGCGCAAGGAGCGUGAGUAUUUUGCGAAUAGUCCUGAUUAUGGGCAUUUGGCCAAUAAAAUGGGCUCAGAAUACCUUGCAAAGCUGCUCUCACAGCACUUGGAGUCAGUAAUUAGGGCAAGGAUACCUAGUAUAACGUCUCUGAUAAAUAAAAGCAUUGAGGAACUUGAGUCGGAGAUGGAUCAUCUUGGAAGACCUAUUGCUCUUGAUGCUGGGGCCCAACUAUAUACCAUCCUAGAACUUUGUCGAGCAUUUGAACGGAUAUUCAAGGAGCAUUUAGACGGAGGGCGGCCUGGAGGUGACAGGAUAUAUAAUGUCUUUGAUAAUCAGCUUCCAGCUGCUUUACGCAAGCUUCCACUUGACCGGCAUCUUUCUCUCCAGAAUGUAAGGAAAGUGGUGUCAGAGUCCGAUGGUUAUCAGCCUCACUUAAUUGCCCCAGAGCAAGGUUACCGGCGCCUAAUUGAUGGGGCUCUCAAUUACUUUAGAGGACCAGCUGAAGCUUCAGUAGAUGCUGUUCACUUUGUUCUAAAAGAACUUGUGAGGAAAUCAAUAGCUGAAACUCAGGAACUAAAGCGCUUCCCAACUUUUCAAGCUGAAUUAGCUGCUGCUGCAUAUCAGGCAUUAGAAAGAUUCCGUGAAGAGGGUAAGAAGACAACUCUUCGGCUUGUAGAUAUGGAAUCUUCUUAUCUCACAGUGGAGUUCUUCCGAAGACUUCCUCAGGAAGUAGAAAAAGCUGAAAAUCCUGCUGCUUCAAACAGUGAUCGAUAUGCAGAGGGGCAUUUCAGGAGAAUUGGAUCUAAUGUGUCAUCAUAUAUAGGACUAGUGUCUGAUACGCUUAAGAACACUAUUCCAAAGGCUGUGGUCUAUUGUCAGGUUAGACAAGCGAAGCAGUCGUUGCUGAACCAUUUCUAUACACAAAUAGGGAAGAAAGAGGGUACACAGCUUUUGCAAAUGUUAGAUGAAGACCCUGCAAUGAUGGAAAGGAGACAACAAUGUGCGAAAAGGCUUGAGCUAUAUAAAGCUGCGAGAGACGAAAUUGAUUCAGUUUCGUUUGUACGAUGAGCAUCGCCGCCUGGUGAUUGUCUGCCUCAUAUUGUAACUUAACUGUAACUGAUUGUAACUUUCUUAGUUUUUGUUCUUGCCCAGUUGUCCGAAGGUGUGAUAUACAUCCGUAUAGACUGAUCUCAGGCUAUAUGUAAAACUGAUAUUUGUAUUCAUUGUGUAUCUAUUAUGUGUCCAUUCUUUUGUUUGUUUGC